AUGACUUUCUACCGUCCUGAAAGUGAGUGGCAGCUGCCAUUACCAGCAUUUCUCGAAGAAGACGAAUUUGACUUUACGUUGCCGCACUUACAAAACUUGUCCGAGAGCACACCAAGUCUGGGAGUGACACCAUCUCUGACAUCUCUGGAAAGGCUGACGACGGAAGUUGAAAUUGUCUGCUGGGAUGGCCCCUACGACCCAAAUAACCCCAUGAAUUGGUCAUGGCAGAGAAAGUGGACUGCGACGAUACUGGUGUCUUGCUUCACCUUUAUAUCACCCUUCUCUUCGACCAUGGUCACGCCGGUUCUAGAUGACAUCAGUGACGACCUCAAUGUCACUGGCAGCCUCAAGAGACAAUUAAUCAUGGCAAUCUUUCUGCUCGGCUACGCUCAAGGACCAUUCGUACUCGCUCCGCUGUCCGAAAUUUUUGGCCGUGUAUUGGUCCUGCAAUGGGCUAACCUCUUUUACCUGGCGUUCAACACCGCCGCAGGCUUUUGCACCACCAGCACUCAGAUGCUGGCAUUCCGUUUCCUAAGCGGUCUAUGCAAUGGUGUUUUGGCCGACAUAUGGUCAAAGGAGGAGCGAGGAAAGGGCCAGACAAUUUACGGGAUGCUUACGUUUAUGGGACCGACACUUGCGCCUAUAGUUGGUGCGUUCAUCUCGGUGCACACUUCCUGGCGUUGGGUUUUCUGGUCAACGUCGAUCUUCGACGCCUUUGUCCAGAUCGCUGCUUUGCUUUUCCUGAAGGAAUCGUAUGCACCAAGGAUUUUGGCCGUCCAAGCAAAGAAGCUUCGGAAGAUGACUGGCAAUCCAAAUAUCCGCUCGAAAUUUGACAGCCCAGAUAAGACGCUUGGUAGGAUAAUGCGGAAGCGACUAGUACUUCCUCUUAUUAUGCUCUUCACUCAUCCUGCCGUCCAACUCCCAUCUCUUUACCGCGCGUUCACUUACGGAAUCAUGUAUCUUAUACUUUCUACCUUCAACCAAGUGUGGGAGGAUGUUUAUGACAUGAAAAGGGAGAUUGCCAGCUUGAACUAUCUCUCCUUGUGCGUUGGAUUCAUGAUCGGUUUGCAGAUCAGCCAUCCGUUAAUAGAUCGGCUGUAUAGCUUCUUCAAAACAUACUAUGGAAGAGAAGAAGGCCUUCCGGAAUGGAGGGUUCCACCCAUGGUCAUCAGCGGGUUCCUCAUCCCCGCUGGGCUCGUGCUAUACGGCUGGUCGGCCGAAUAUCGCCUGCAUUGGAUCGUACCAAAUAUCGGCUGCGCCGUCUUAGCGAUGGGGCUUAUCAUUGCUUUUCAAAGUGCGCAAGCUUACGUUGUUGAUGCCUAUAGUGCUUCGUAUGCCGCAUCCGCCGCCGCGGUUGCUGCAUUCAUGCGUACAAUGUGCGGUUUCUCAUUUCCGUUGUUCGCACCGGCCAUGUAUGAAGCACUGAAUCUGGGGUGGGGAAAUACCAUGCUGGCAUUUAUUAGUUUGAUUAUUGCCAUUAUCAGUCCCAUACUAUUGUGGUUCUACGGAGCAAAGAUUCGGUCUUGGAGUAGGACUGGACUCAACGGUUUGGAGUAG